AUGUACAUGUGUGUCGUCGCUUAUCGUAAUGUGACCGAUAUUUCGUUCAAUCAUAAACUUUGGCGCUCAUUUCGAUAAAACACACAAACUGUAGGCAGACAUUUUAAAGUACACGCAUGGAAUAAAACAGAGGGAGAAAGGCUGGAAAGGAAAGUUCAUUUUCACGAUUGAGCUGACCAGGAAACCAGUUAUCCAGUGUGGGCACCAAACAGUCAUGUGGUUAUCUUGACCAGUGACGGUUGUGUGAAUGGACCAAUCAGCAUUCUCUACCUUUUCCUACUUGUAGCCUUGGUUACCGAAGCGUUGUCAUGAUUAAGAACUGACUGAUUAACGAUGGAAAGGCUGGAAAAGUUUCAGAUAAUUUUCAACAAUCCCACAGCCACCUAUUCGGCAGGAGACACAGUGUAUGGGUAUGGAUGGGUGGUUGUUAAAGACCCAGUAUUCGUAGAGACGGUAUGCAUGGAAGCCGUGGGAGAGGCCAAGGUCGAAUGGAUGACCUCUAGUGACAUUCAGGCGUCGGAUGAAGAGGUGUUUAAUUACACAACCAUCCUCCCUAUCAAAGGGGAGAAGGAUAUGAAAGAUGGCGCCUUUCUUCAUCCAGGCUCACACUAUUUCCCAUUUGAGUUCACCUUACCGCAAAGACUCCCUUCAUCUUUCAAGGGCAAACAUGGGCGACUUCGUUACUUUGUCAAAAUGACAAUCUGCACUGCGGGAGGACCUCAUCCAACUCGUACAAGUAAAUUCGCUGUCCUGGGUGCCCUUGAUCUUAACGCUGAACCAGAUGCAGCACUCCCAGUAGAAAAUGACACAUUUGAAGCAGUGGGAUCCUGGUGUUGUAUAGCUGGAACUGUUACUGCAGCCAUCAAGCUCGAGCGCAAAGGAUUUGUCAUGAAGGAAGCGAUUCCUGUCUGGGCCGAGAUCAAGAACCUUAGUACUCGCAGGAUCAAAUCUACACAGGUGUCUCUGAUACAGAAUGUCACCUACUAUUCAUAUAGAGGACGCUUCUCUGAGUCAACAACCAUGGUUACUGUACACAAAGGAGGCAUCGCACCCCGUGGUAAACAGACGUGGCAGAAAGAGUUACUUAGCAUUCCAACAGUACCAGCUUCGCACCUACGAGGCUGUAAAAUCAUCGAUGUACAAUACAGUAUAGAGCUGUGUAUAAAACCCUCAGGAUUUGCCAAGAAAGUUCGUCUGCCGGUGGAUAUUGUGAUAGGUACGGUCUCCAUUGAAGACACACAGUGCCAAAAGGCAUCCUAUCACCCACUUCCUUCCAUCGUCAGCGACAACAGUUUCCCGUACCCAUUUUUUGAGACGCCGUCAGAUCAGGUUUACCUGACGGACAUUUCAUAUCACCAACAUAUGCUACCGACAGCGCCACCUUGGGAAAGUGACGAUGAUAUUCCCUGAUAGACUCAGCAACUAUCAUCUACAGGGAUUUUAAUAACGCAACCUGUCGUCCAUGGAAGCAAAUCUCAUUUCGUUGUCUUGACGACAGAUCUGGUGUACCAUUGUCAAACAACAUUGUUCAUUGGACAAAAGAUAUCUGCAUUUGACUAAUCAGCGUUCCUGUUGCAUUAGGAUUAUUAAACCAGUGCUCGUGUGAAGUGUGAGGACGAAAUAUUUGUGUUGUUGGUGAUGCUAGUCGACUAGAUGAAAACAGGUCAGUUGACCUGACCUAUGACCAGGGGUCAUGGACAAUGAAGGUCAUGACCUCCAGAAUAAAACUGAAUGAUGUGUGUCCAACGUUUUCUGAUUGGACAAAAUAUGCAGUAAAUACGAUAAGAUUUAGACUGCAAUUGGUUUCUGACUUUUGCAGUCAUAGUGAUGACCUUUCUGCGGCUGACCUUGGAAGAAACCCUAGAACUGGUGAUUUCAUGAGGAUUCAAUGUCAAUCGCAGAUUUAUCAUUGAUCCAACGAACAUGUUUCUUACUGAUGAUCAUGGAGAAAACAAAAAUCUCAUUAUGACCUUGGAAUAAACGCAACCUUGUAAUGACCUUUGGAAAAAGAUAUUUUUAGCUGUGCUGACAUAAGAUCAAACUUUCUAUAGGAAGACAACUUUGCAAAAGUUUGCCAUUUCAAGAGAAAAGUUGUAACCUCACAAAGAUAUUGUACUACGAGGUGUUGACAACGUACAGAUGUUAAGUGGUGUAUAUAUAUAGAUAUGUUUUUGUUUCCAUGGUAACAUUCUUACAUAAUCAUUUCAAUCAUUUGUCAACUAUCGCAAA